AUGACAAAGACACGAAUUGCCAGAGAAAUAGGAGUCCUGGCGAUUCUCUUCGUCGUUGUCGGGAACCACGCUCGAUAUUUGGAGGGCCUCAACGUGAACCUGGGCGAAGCGCUUCAAUUCCUUCGAGAAUACGAUCGCGAAGCUUCAAUAAUGUGCAACAGAGUCAUGACGGCACAAUGGAACUUCGCGACCAACAUCACCGACUAUAAUCGUCGGAAAAUGUUGGAGGAGCAAACAUUUAAGCUAAAAUUCGACCGAGCAUCCUGGAGGAAGGCGGUCACCUUCGCCUGGAGCAGGGUCCCGGAUCCUUUGACAAGAAGGCAGCUGAAAAUGAUAGCAGUCAAAGGAAGAAGUGCACUUACUGACGACAAGUUCAACGAGAUCCAUCACUUGAUAGUCGAGAUGAAGGAGCUCUACAUGAGGACCAGGCUUUGCCCCUACAAGAAAAUGGGAAGUCAGUGCGACCUGAGUCUGGACAGAGAGAUCAAUCGAGUUAUGGCCCAGUCGAGAGACUACGAAGAGUUGCUACACUUUUGGAGGUCUUGGCACGAAGCUGUAGGUCCUCCCUUGAAGAACAAGUACAUGAGAUAUGUCCAACUGGCGAAUCAAGCUGCAAGGCUCAGUGGGUUCGCCGACGCUGGGGACCACAUGAGAGAAGCCUACGAAGACGACUACUUCCAGCAGAACAUCGCGGAAGUCAUUUCCGCGAUCAGCCCAUUGUACAAGAAUCUGUUCACCUACGUAAGGGCGAGACUAAUCGAGAGGUACGGGGAUAAAAUCCGGAAAGAUGGUCCCCUGCCAGCCCAUGUCCUGGGGAACAUGUGGGCCCAAAAUUGGGAAGGUAUCUUCGACAUAGUUCAACCAUUUCCGGCGGCGAGAAGACUCGACAUCACCCUAGACAUGAUGCUUCAAGGAUUUACGCCAUUGAGGAUGUUUCAAAUGGCGGAAGAGUUCUUUACGUCCCUCGGGAUGAAGCCGAUGCCCCCAGAAUUUUGGAGAUCCUCCAUAUUUGAAAAGCCCAUCGACAGAGAGGUGAAGUGCACCGCGAGUGCGUGGGACUUUUGUAAUAAACUGGAUUACAGGAUAAAACAGUGCACCAGAGUCACGAUGGAGGACUUGUUGUCGACGCAUCACGAGAUGGCUCACAUUCAGUAUUAUUUGCAGUACAAGGACCAGCCAUUGUUAUUCAGGAACGAGGCACUUCCAGGCUUCCACGAGGCAGUUAGCGACGCCAUUGGUCUCUCCGUCUUCACUCCUCAGCAUCUUCACCGGAUCGGCUUAUACAACAACUCUACGGAUGACUACGAGAUCAACAUCAACUUCCUGAUGUUGAUGGCCCUCCAGAAAGUGGCCUACAUGCCCUUCGCCUACAUCGUCGAUCAGUGGAGAUGGCGGGUUUUCAGCGAUGGCGUAGCCGACAUGACGACGAGAUGGUGGGAACUUAGACUCCAGUACCAAGGAAUCGUUCCUCCCAUUACAAGAACGGAAAGGGACUUCGAUCCAGCAGCGAAAUAUCACGUCCCAGCUGAUGUACCUUACGUCAAGUACUUCGUGGGAAUCGUGAUGCAGUUCCAAUUAUUCGAAUCACUCUGCGAUAUAUCUGGUCACACCGGAAAUUUGCAUACAUGCGACCUGUACAGAUCCCGCGAAGCUGGACGAUUGCUAUCAGAUGUACUGUCAACCGGCGCCUCGAGGAAUUGGAAGGAGGUCGUAAGAGAAAUGACAAGAGGAAGGACGAACAGAAUUGACGCAGGUGCCAUGUUGAGGUACUUUGAGCCUCUAAAUCAGUGGCUGAAGAGGCAGAACCAGAUGGAGCCGGUGAUAGGGUGGAUCACCAGUCAAGAAGAUACAGAAAUCUUCGCGUCUGUUUCAGCACUCUUUGCCCACUGGUACACGGGCAAUGCAGAGGCUGCGACGUCUUCAAAGGUCACCUUAAUGAUCUUCGUCCUUAUCAGUUAUUUAGUUUAAUCGCUCGCCCAGAAGUG